UGAAGAAAAUGGAAUGGCUGCUGGAAGACCUGCUUAAGGCUAAGGGAGAUAUGGGGCUUCUCCAAGGCCAGCUGACCCAUGCUCUGGCCUGCAGACACUGCAGCAGCAGCAUCUGCCUCCAAAGUCCAGGGAAUCUGGUGAUACUAUUCUUGUUCAUGGUGUGGCAGCUCCGAAGAUGGUGGCAGUUUGGGAAAUGGCAAAAGCUUCAGCCCUGGUGCUCUGGAGACAUAAUGAUGCAAGGCAAGGGACUACAACUUCUGCACCAUUUGGCCUUCCUUGAUUGCCUGUGGAAGCAAAAGUCAGAGGAAGAAGAGGAAUAUGGGGAAGAGAAGGAAGAAGAAUCAUUAUCUCUGGACCCACUAAAACCAUAUUCUCCUUCCAAAGACGCUCCCACUGGAAAUGAAUUCACUGCAGCCCCACGCCAGCCAUCCUGUAGUUCUGAGGGCCUCCUAAAGGCCACAGAGAUACGAGAACAAGUCCUCACACAACCCUCAAGCCCUUCCAGAUCCUUCCCUACUUUCCAGAUCCUGACCAACCUACCUGUGAGGAACAAGAUAGCUUCAGGGAGUUCCCUGCAGCAGAGAGAAAGCCAGCUCUUCUGGGGUCUUCCCUCGCUACACAGUGAGUCCUUGGAGGCUAUUUUCCUGAGCUCAGACAGCCCUUCUCCACUCAAGUUGUCUAUUUGUCCUUCUGUCUUCUUCAACAAGGUUGCCUUCCUGCCUGUGUACAACUUGUUGCUUGCCUAUUACCACUCCCCAACUUACUAUCCUACCCCUGAAGCCCACACCAUGAGAAAUCUGGAAGGAAUGGCACCUGGUCCUCAACUAGUUCCAUCUCCACCUUCCCCUCUUAUCCCAUCAGUAUCCUCCAGUCUUAAGCCUUUGCCUAUGGGCUGCAAGGGAAUCGUAUCUGACACUGAGGCACAAACACAGUGGUUUACCCCACAGAAAGAGGUUCCUUGUGUCUCUAAGAAUCAAGCCCUACACUCACAGCCUGAACUCCAAAAAACCAGACCUUCCACACUCUUCUAUUCAUCUGAGGCUUGGAAGGAGAUGCCAGGGGAUCCCAGCCUCCACCAACACAAUCCAGAAUCACCUUCUGCCUCUCUGUUGUAUCUUUCUAAUCCUCAGGAAGUCCUAACUAGGUUUGAGGCCCCACAGAUAACCAUGAAACAACAUGAGCACCCAAAAGCCUCUAAAUCUGCAAUGCCAACUACAAACCCACCCCUAAUUUCCCUGACAGAAUACCAAACAGCCAACCCUAUAGGAGACCUGUCUGAAUUGAAAGCUCUCUGGGAAACCACAGUGCAAAAAGAGAACCCUCAGAUCUAUGAGCUUCCAAUCUUGGCCCCUUGCCAAUUCACAGUACCCAUGACAGACCCUCAAGGAACUGGCUCUCCAGGAACUCCCCCUGGAUAUGAAGCUCAGUGGGGAAUCAUACAACAUAAAGACAGUCCCCAAGCUUCUGAUCCCCCAAUGUCAGCCUCCUGCCAACCCUCAGGUUCUCUGUCAGAAGUAAACAAUAUUAUCCCCAAAGGAAGACUUUCUACACCCAAGGACUUCGGGGGAAACAUGGGAGAUAAAGAGAAACCAUCUGUUUCUAAGUCUCCAGUGCCAGUCCCCUGCCUUCCUCUAGACACCCUGUCAGAACACCAGAAAGAGAGUCCUCUAGAGGAUCUGGGUGGAUAUGAGCCUCAAUGGCAACACAGGGAAAACUCGGGCAAUCUCUGGGCCUCUGAAACUCCAACCCUAAACUUCAACAUGGGGUUCUAUGAAACCAUCCCUGCAUGUGUCCCAUUGGGGUCAGAGACUCCAUUGAAGGGUAGACCUAGUACAGAAAAUCUUUGUGUCUAUGCAGAUCUAGUUUCAUCUCUUAACCUUCCCUCUGCCUCUCUUCCAGACUUCGCAAUGGGCCCCCAAAGAGUCUUUUUAGAGUCUAAAGCUGUGUGGGAAACAAAGGGGCAGAGAAGGAAUCUCCGGGUGUUUGACUCCCCAUGUCCUGCCCAUACACCACCUCUAGCCCCCUUUAUAGAACCACAAAGAAUCAAUACUAUGCACAACUUCCCUAGAUCAGAAGCUACAUGGAAGGAUACUGAGCAUACAAGAAAAUGUUUGUCUUCUGAGCCUCCAUUUCUGAACCUCAACCCAUCCCCAACUCUUGUACAGCCGCCCCUCAGAGUUAGCUCCGUAGAGAACCCACUUAAAUCUAAAGUUUGGUAUGGGGACAUUCAAAGAAAAAAUAAUUUCUUGGCUUCUGAGUGUCCAACUCAAAGCUCAUUCCAACACCUGCUUGGAGCCAGAUCCUCAGGAGUCCUAUCUAAGCCUGCUGGAGGGUACAUGAAGCAGAAUGAAAACUGUUGUGUUUCUGUAUCCUCAGUUUGGGAAUCUAGCCCACCUCCAAAUUCUGUUUCCAAGUCUCACAUAAGUGAGCCUUCUGGAGAUCAAUGCAACUGUAAACCUAUGAAAUCAGCAGUAGAACAGAGAAAGGACUCCUGGGCCACUGAGCUACCAGUCCCCAACUUUCUCUCUGCUCCAACACAUGAGCCACACUCCAACACUGAGUUUGUAUGUAGAAAUGUUCAAGAAAUAGAGGCCUCCCGGGCCCCCAGUCCUCAAGUAGUGAAUCCUCUGCAACCAACAUCCUGGCCUCCCGUUCUAGCUAGAGCUUGGAAGUCUGAGCCUACCCAGCCUGGCCUACAGAAGGAAAAGAUGGUCUCAGAAGCCAAGGCAAAGGUCCCAUCUCCCCAGGGUAGGGCUGUCUCAGGGGUGUGUGACCACCCUGUGAACCAUCCCUGGCAAUGGAGUAGAGAACUAGAGCUCAGACUAAAGAAACUCCAGCAGAGCACCACUUCCAAAUCCCCAGGCCCACAUCACUCACUUCGCAGCUGCCCAGCUCUUAACUUCCCAACUCCAGAAUCUUGGGGACCUUCCUCCUGUCCCCCACAUCAGGCUCAUCCUCUCAAUCUGGACCCCUGUUCUUCAAGUGCUGACCCCCCAAAAGUUCAAAGGGCAGAACCUCAGCCUGCCCAGGCCCCUCAAUGUUCUCACUCGUCUUCCAGCAGAGCAGAGCAAGAGUCUCCAGAAAACAAGAGGAUGAAAUGGAAGGUAGCAGUCCAGAUCCCACCCCCAGGGCACGUUCAUACAAAGGCUACUGAAAACUGCUCAAAUUCAGGGGUUCUGGUCUCUAACAGGAGACAAGACAAGACUUUAGUACUACUUUCAGCCCCAAAGAAAGGGAGUCCCAGAAAAUCCAAAGCAGAGAAAUGUGGAGGAGGGACUGCAAGAUUGGAAUCAUCCACUGCCACAGGGAAAAACAACCCUGCCCAGGCCUGCAGACCAACAGAAGCCCCUAUACACAGACUUUCUAAAAAGUCUCAGUAUAGAACUCAGCAUUCUCCACACACUGUUAUUGCUCAGCAGCUUCUCCCAAACGCUGCUGGUCUCCAGGAUCAACAAAGAGCAGGCCUAAUAGCUGGUGAUACCCAGAAUCCUCACUAUUGUAAGCACUGUCCUUGGGCCUCCAUGGAAAAGCAGCUCCCAUCCUCCACACCCCAGGCUCCCCCUACCAGAGGUUUUCAAAGGUUGUUAGCUAAAUUUCUAGGUGUCCAUAGACCCCUGCUGCCUAAAUCCAGUCAGUAAAGGAUGAUAGUCCUGGUACCCAGUAUCCCACAGCCCAAACCAAACCAGGUGUGGGUAUGGAAAUAGAGACAGAUAGAGAAAAAAUUAAUAAAGUAGUUCAACUAGA